AUGAUGCCAACAUCAGCCCCCCGCAUUUCCCUCUUUUUCUUUUUUCUCUUGGCAGCCAUUAUUGGUGCUGCUGCUGCCACCACCGCUGACCUAGGUGCUGUCGGCGUCGAAGGUGCCUAUCCCUACCAGAUCUCGGUGGUGAAUAGACACCACUCGAGCAUCCACCUCCGGAUCCUGGACAACCACGGCAGUCCUAAGGCGAGCCCAAGCGCGGAAGGGGACAGGGUUCUCGAACCAGGCCUCCUGACGUCGUUCCAGGUACCGAUCGGCUGGGGCGGAAACGUUCAAGUCAACGAGGCUAGGUUUCCGGCAUGGAGUGGCCACGAGGGCCUGAUUGAGGCCACCUUCGGCCCAGCGGACGGGCCAUGUUUCGACGUCAGCUACAUUCUGGACAGCACUGGCUACACCGUCCCGAUAGUCUGUGGCUGCGUGGAGGACGGCAUGGUUGUCGGUUGCAAUCUCGAUCUGCGAGAACUGAACAACGGACAAUGCCCUGAAGGCCAGGAUGACGGCAACGGAGCCUGUAUCAACGAGGCGAGAGGGGACAUGAACCUGAUUAAAGCGCCGUCAUUCUUCCAGCCGUGCGAUGAUGCGGUAUACGUGAUCGAGUCAGGCCAUAAGACGCAAAACGGAGACUCGUGCCGGGAGACAUCGACCAUAACAUGCUGCAUCGGCUCCAGUUGCGACCCGUCCGACAAGCAAGAAUAA